AUGCUUUCGGUUGGUAGCCUCCUUGUUGCGAGCCUCGCGCUUGCGUCGGCCGUCGUCGUCGACCACACGGGCUACCCGCGCUACUGCGCCAAGGACAUGGCCAUGGCGGCCAUCCAGCCGGUCGCCGACCCGCUCGCGUCGACCAUGACGCUCGUCCAGGUGCAAAUGAUGGUACGCCACGGCGCGCGCAUGCCGUUCAGCGACGGCAAGUGCUGGGACGGCUACAGCGAAGCGUGGACCUGCAACAUCCGCGAUCAAGUGACGCCCGUCUUGCACUCGCAGAGCAGCGGCGCCUCGCCAACGCUCGUUUUCGACAAGACGUAUGGCGCUGGCGGCAACGCCUACCCCGGCAACUGCCUUCUCGGGCAGAUGAUCGACGAAGGCUAUCUCCAGCAGCAGCGGAACGGCGCCAACUUUCGCAAGGCGUAUGUCGGGACCGGACCGCUCUCGCUCUUUCAAGCUGGUGUGGCCGUCGACUUGACCAACACCUCGGAUGUCUAUUUCGAAAGCACCGACAUGCAGCGCACCGUCAACUCGGGCAUGAUCAUUGCGCAAAACUGGUUUUCGGAUGCGACGAAUUCGGCGCCGAUCCCGUGGCACACGAACGACCUGAGUACGUCGUUUGUGACACCCAACCCGAGCAUCUGCCCGGCGCUCAACGCCAUCAACGCCGAGUGGCUCGCAUCCGCCGAGUACAAGGCGUGGUCCACCAAUGCCACCAACGUGGCGUGGGAGAAGGAGCUCCAGACGCACAUUUCAGGCUACAACCACGUGCUGCUCUUCGACUGCCUCAUGACGCAGCGGUGCACGGACCGCCUCUUGCCCAACGGGAUGGAUCACGACCUCUUUCUUCGGUCGGUGAGCCACGAAGAGAAAGCGCAGUUGUUCCAGUACCUCUACAAGAACAGCGCGUACGCGCGCACGGGCAUGGCGACGUUCAUCGCUCGCAUUCGGACGCGAUUGCAGGCGGCGAUUGCUGGCCACGGCCCGCGCCUCGUCCUCUCGGCAGUCCAUGAUACGACCUUGAUGCCGCUGCUGGCGGCGCUCGGCGGUGACGCGUACCUCACCGAAUGGGUCCCGUACGCGAGCCACGUUGGCCUCGAGCUCUACUACCAAGCGUCGACGAAGAGCCAUUUCUUCCGCCUCUUGUACCAAGGCCGGCCGCUGCCGAUCCCGGCUUGUGCCUCCGAGCUCUGCCCUGUCCAGGCCUUCCUUGACAUGUCUGCAUUUGCGACGGCGCCCAACGUGUGCAAGGUGCCGCAGACCUUUGCGCCUCUCAACGUCACGGCAGGACCUAUCCCGCAAGUCGUGCUCACGGGGACGAGCACCGAUGCGACCGAGAGCGGUGGCUACAGCGCGACGACGAUGGCGUUGAUUGGCCUUGGCGGUAUUGUGCUCGGUGCCGGCGUCGGCUUUACAACCUCCAAGCACUGCAUCAACCGCGCCGGGUACAGCCAAGUGUAGUUGUAUGAUUGUCUCCGGUGGAAUA